CUAAUAACUUGGAAAGAAGUAUGAGAGUUUCUUCACUUCUUGUGUGUCACAUAUUCGAUUGCACAGCUGAUCACUUUGGGUUCUUAAACUCACCAUAAUAUAAUCCAGGAUGAAUGUCAGCUCCAGCACUAGCAGGCAUCCGACCAUGGCCGUGAACGCAUCUGUUGUCACUACUUUUCCUGACUUUUGGACGGAGUUUUCUACAGGAAUCCUAUCAGAGUCUACUUCAGCCUCCUAUCCCAGUGACACCAGCACCCCCACUAUGUACUAUUACAGUUACGAAGAUGAUUUUGAACAAUAUCAGAGCUGUGUGUACGAGCGUCACGGGGCCUAUUUUCUUCCUGUCCUCUACGCCCUCUUCUUCCUCCUGGGGCUUCUGGGUAACUCUCUGGUCAUCUGGGUCAUUGCCAGUGGAGUACGACUCCGCAGUAUGACAGACGUGUGCCUCUUAAACUUGGCGGUUUCUGAUCUUCUCUUGGUGUGCACACUUCCCUUCCUAGCCCACCAAGCCUGGGACCAGUGGGUGUUUGGAGAUGCCAUGUGCAAAAUGGUCCUGGGAGUUUAUCAUAUUGUGUUUUACUGUGGGAUCUUCUUCAUCAGCCUGAUGAGCGUUGACCGGUACUUGGCGAUAGUUCACGCGGUUUACGCUAUGAAAGCACGGACACGUUCCUUUGGGAUGAUUGCAGCUGCGAUCACAUGGGUUGUAGGAUUUCUUGCAUCUUUCCCCGACUUGAUCUUUCUCCAGCAACAGCCUUAUCUCGACAAGAAAUAUUGCUACCCUGUUUAUCCUAAUAGUACAGAUUCAACCAGCAUGAACUUCUGGAGGGUCUUCAGCCUUUUAAAGAUGAACGUUGUGGGUUUGUUUGUCCCCAUCGUCGUCAUGGGUUUCUGCUACUCACAGAUCAUUUGCACACUGUUGAACACCCAGUCAUCCAAGAAACAGGCCAUCCGUUUAGUUGUCAUAGUGGUGGCGGUUUUCUUCUUUUGCUGGGUCCCGUACAACAUUGUGUCAUUUUUUAAAGCCCUGGAGCUGCUGGAAAUUUACGCAGGAUGCAAUAGCAGCAAAGUCAUCGUCCUGGCCUUGCAGAUCACAGAGGCCGUGGCGUACUCUCACAGCUGCCUCAACCCCAUCCUGUAUGUGUUUGUCGGGGAGAAGUUCAGAAGGCACCUGCUGAGGUUAAUAAACAGGGCACCGUGCAGAGUGUGUCAGGCCAUCAAGGUGCUCAUACCUCUAGACAGAAUUAAUGGUUCAGUCUACUCACAAACCACCAGCCUGGAUGAGCGAAGCACCGCUGUGUAAUUGGAACUGAGGGGGAUGUGGUUUGUGGUUUAGAUUAUGUAAAUUUAUACUAUUUGAUGGAUUCAGAAUGCACAUAACCUCCUAAGACCCAGGAAAUGUCAGCGAAGUACAAGCUUUUUUUGUUUUUUAUUAAAUAGGUGCUUAUUUUGGAAACAUCAUGAAAC